AGAGAUUGAGUCAUUCAUACAUAAUGCUUCGGGUGGUGGUCUCUUCUCUUUGGUAAUAGUUUAUAUUUUUAGUGUUUCUUUGGUAAUAGUUUAAUUUUAUGUUGGCUUAUUUUUCUUUGAAAUUACACGCAUGCAUUUUGACACAAAAGCUUGCAUUUUCAUUUGUAUUAAUAAAAUAUUUCCGCGUGAACAUAACUCAAUCUUAAUAUAUUAUUCAUUUUAAAAUGUGAAAUAAUAACUAUUAAACUACUUUAACCAUUAUUUUUUCUCAUAUUGAUAAAGAAUUAACUUAUAUUCUAAAAGACGUAGAUCAACUCUUGUUGAUUUGAGAACCUCGUUAAUGAGUGAUCUGUAAGUAUUUCUGCAUUUUCUAUACUUUGAAUUCUGUACGAACUUAGGUGAACAUUCUGAUCUAACUUACCGAUGAACUUUUUAGUACAAGAUAAAAAUAGAAAGAAAUAAAAAAUGUAUAUAGUAUGCUGAAUGUAACCAACCUUUGAUUUUGACACCACAUGUGCAUUUUACAAAUAGUUUAUAGGACAAGUAAGGAUAAUACUCUUCAAUUACUACAAAUUAUUAAGAUGACCCUUAGCUCCAACCAAAGGACGAUGAAGGAGUUAAGAAAGAACCUCUUGCUUACUCGUAAGGUCCCAACUUCACUCUUCUCCUCUCAAUCUCAUCCUACAAAAAUGUCUCACAAACUCAUCCUCAACACAAACUCUCUUUUCAUUCCUUCCAAUGUCUUCUUCAUUCUCUAUUCGUUUUCUCACCCCUCCAUCAAUCUCUCACCACAACAAAACAUGGCUAUUAUCUGCUGCAACUCCAUCAAUUGCUCCUGUUUCAACACAAGUUGAUGCAUCAAGGUUGGAGCCUAGAGUUGAAGAAAAAGAUGGUUAUUGGAUUUUGAAGGAAGAACAUAGAGGAGGUAUUAAUCCUCAAGAAAAAGUUAAGAUUCAGAAAGAACCCAUGAAGCUUUUCAUGGAAGGUGGGAUUCAUGAUUUGGCUAAUAUGUCUCUUGAAGAAAUUGAAAGCUCUAAACUUACUAAAGAUGAUAUUGAUGUUAGACUUAAAUGGCUUGGUCUUUUUCAUAGGAGAAAGCAUCAAUAUGGAAGAUUUAUGAUGAGACUGAAACUUCCAAACGGGGUAACAACAAGUGCACAAACACGUUACUUGGCGAGCGUGAUCAGAAAGUACGGCAAAGAUGGAUGCGCUGAUGUGACAACGAGGCAGAAUUGGCAAAUUCGAGGUGUAACGUUACCUGAUGUUCCAGAAAUUCUUAAGGGACUUGCAGAGGUUGGGUUAACAAGCCUGCAGAGUGGAAUGGACAAUGUGAGAAACCCUGUUGGUAACCCUCUUGCUGGUAUUGACCCUGAUGAGAUUGUUGAUACAAGACCUUACACCAAUUUGUUAUCUCAAUUCAUCACUGCUAAUUCACUUGGUAACCCAACAAUUACAAACUUGCCAAGGAAGUGGAAUGUGUGUGUGAUAGGUUCCCAUGAUCUUUUCGAGCAUCCUCAUAUUAACGAUCUUGCUUACAUGCCUGCAAAAAAUAAGGAAGGUCGAUUUGGAUUCAACUUAUUGGUGGGUGGUUUCUUUAGUCCCAAGCGAUGUGCAGAAGCAGUUCCACUUGAUGCAUGGGUUUCUGCAGAUGAUGUUAUCCCACUUUGUAAAGCUGUUCUUGAAACCUAUAGAGACCUCGGCACCAGAGGGAAUAGACAGAAAACCAGAAUGAUGUGGUUGAUUGAUGAAUUAGGCAUAGAAGUAUUCAGGUCAGAGGUGGAAAAAAGAAUGCCAACAAAGAAGCUAGAGAGAGCAUCAAAAGAAGAACUUGUUCAAAAGCAAUGGGAAAGAAGAGAUAUCUUAGGUGUUCAUCCACAAAAACAAGAAGGUUUAUGCUAUGUAGGAAUCCACAUUCCAGUCGGUCGAAUCCAAGCAGACGAAAUGGACGAGCUAGCUCGUUUGGCAGACGAAUAUGGCACCGGCGAACUAAGGCUAACCGUAGAACAAAACAUAAUAAUUCCAAAUGUCGAAAACUCAAAACUUGAUGCAUUACUUAAUGAACCUCUCUUGAAACAAAAAUUCUUACCUGAACCAUCAAUCCUAAUGAAAACACUUGUAGCAUGCACUGGUAACCAAUUUUGUGGACAAGCAAUAAUUGAGACAAAAGCAAGGGCUUUGAAAGUAACCGAAGAAGUCGACAGAUACGUGGCGGUUACUAAACCGGUUAGAAUGCAUUGGACUGGUUGUCCUAACACAUGUGGUCAGGUUCAGGUUGCUGAUAUUGGUUUUAUGGGUUGCAUGGCUAGGGAUGAAAAUGGUAAACCUACUGAAGGUGUUGAUAUUUUUCUUGGCGGAAGAAUUGGAAGUGAUUCUCAUUUAGCUGAAGUGUAUAAGAAAAGUGUCCCUUGUAAGGAUUUGGUGCCUAUUGUAGCUGAUAUAUUGGUUAAAUAUUUUGGGGGUGUCCCAAGGAAUAGAGAAGAAGGGGAUGAUUAAAGUAUAUAUAAGCACUUGGUGAUUUUUAUUGUAUUAACACAAAAUUAUUAGUGCCAUAUCCAAAUAUAAAACCAUAAGACUAGUUUCAUUACUAGUUUAUAAGUUACACUGAUUUUUUUUUGAAACAUAAAUGCUUGUUAUGUUUCUUACUAGUAGUUUCUUCGUCAAGAAAGAAUGUCACUUAGCUUCUUACCAUAUGACAUCUGCAAUAUAAUAAAUUUUACUUUCUCCGUUUCUUUUUAA